AGAGAUUGAGCCUACAUUUCUUUUAGUCUUUGAAGACUUGGAACAAAUUGUUAUUCCCAAUUAUGAAACAGAAGCUGGCCAGCAAGCUCUUCAUAUGCCUGAAUUGGUAGAGUUUGACCUGAAUCCUGACUCUCUGUACUUUAAUGAUGGCCAAAGGAAAAUUGACUUUGUCUUAGUAUAUGAAGAUGAAAGCACAAGGGAAAGUCAAAAAACUUUUCAUAAAAAGCAAAAGAGGAAGAGACAAGUCUAUGAGUCAAACUUGAUAAGCCGUGGUUUGCAGCUUGAAGCCACAAAGUCGGUCAUGGAUGAAAAGCUGACCUUUGUAAAGGUGCAUGCUCCUUGGGAAGUGCUGUGUAGUUAUGCUGAAAUUAUGCACAUCAAAUUGCCUUUGCAACCCGAUGAUACGAAAAGCCAUGACUCAGCACUUACAUCGAUUAGCAGAUUCUUUAAUGUGGAUGAAAAUAUAAUCAAACCUAAAGAGGAGUUUUUUACUGCUGCAUUUGAAAAUGAGCGUAUUUCAGACUUUUAUAUUCAGGACAAGGACUUGUUCUUCAAUUCAGCAACUAGGAGCCGAAUACUGUAUUUUGUCCUUUCAUCAAUUUCAGACUUUCAGAAUAAUAAUUCAUGCUUGAAUGUAGGACUAAAUGUGAGCUGAUUAAAAUAAACACAAAUUUGUGGCCUUGGAUCAUCAAUUAAUGAGAAAAUAUUUUGUUUAUAGUCAAGAUUCAAUUACCAAUCACAGGAUCCUAAUUGUCCAAAUGAACGACAAUUGCUAUACAGAGAAUGGGCCUAUCCUCGAAAUAUUUUCAAACUGCAACCCUUAGACCUUGUCAGGAAAUAUUACGGUGAGAAAAUUGGGAUCUAUUUUGCCUGGCUGGGAUUCUAUACCCGGAUGUUACUUCUGGCAGCAAUAGUUGGUGUUGGAUGUUUUUUAUAUGGAUAUUUCACAAAGGAUAACUGCACUUGGAGUCAAGAAGUAUGUGAUCCAAACAUAGGAGGUAAGAUUAUUAUGUGUCCACAAUGUGAUGAAGAAUGCACAUACUGGAAUCUCAACAUCACAUGUGACUCUUCCAAGAAACUCUGUAUAUUUGACAGCUUUGGCACAUUAGUGUUUGCAGUGUUUAUGGGGAUUUGGGUUAGCUUGUUUUUGGAGUUUUGGAAACGACGCCAGGCUGAAUUAGAAUAUAAAUGGGACACGGUUGAGUUUUUAGAGCAAGAGGAACAAAUACGUCCAGAGUAUGAGGCAAAAUGCCACCAUGUAAUAGUGAAUGAAAUUACACAGCAAGAAGAGCAUGUUCCUUAUACAACCUGUGGAAAGUAUGUACGGAUCAUCUUCUGUACAAGUGCUGUCUUAUUCUGGAUUCUGCUCAUUCUUGCAUCUGUUGUUGGUAUAAUUGUUUACAGACUUUCAGUUUUCCUAGUAUUUUCUGCAACAUUGCCAAGACACAUCAAUGGAGCAAACACAAUACAAAAGUACCUGACUCCACAAUUAGCAACUUCAGUAUCUGCUUCAGUGCUCAACUUCAUCAUUAUUAUGAUUCUGAACAUUAUCUAUGAGAAAGUAGCAAUCAUGAUUACUGACUUUGAAUUACCAAGGACACAGACUGAUUAUGAAAAUAGCCUAACUACGAAAAUGUUUUUAUUUAAAUUUGUCAACUAUUAUUCUUCAUGUUUCUACGUUGCUUUCUUUAAGGGUAAAUUUAUAGGUUUCCCUGGUGAACCAGUUUAUUGGUUGGGAAAAUACAGAAAUGAGGAGUGUGAUCCAGGUGGAUGUCUUCUUGAGCUGACAACACAGCUGGCAAUAAUAAUGGGAGGCAAAGCCAUCUGGAAUAACAUUCAAGAAGUGCUUUUUCCGUGGCUUAAAAAUUUGAUUGGGAGAUGCCACUCAGUUACACGAUCAGAAACUAUUGUUCCUCGCUGGGAGCAGGACUACCAUUUGCAGCCCAAUGGCAAGCUUGGAUUGUUUUAUGAAUACCUUGAAAUGGUUAUACAGUUUGGAUUUGUAACAUUAUUUGUAACAUCAUUCCCAUUGGCACCACUUCUGGCCCUUAUUAACAAUUUAUUGGAAAUUCACGUAGAUGCUUGGAAGAUUACCACACAGUAUAGACGCAUGGUUUCCCAAAAAGCCCAACAUAUAGGGGCAUGGCAACCUAUCAUGCAAGGAAUAGCCAUUCUGGCUGUGAUAACCAAUGCAAUGAUAAUUGCUUUUACAUCAGAUAUGAUUCCACGCCUGGUUUAUUUCUGGUCAUUUUCAGUCCCACCCUAUGGAGAUCACAGUAGCUAUACCAUGAAGGGAUAUAUAAACAAUACUCUUUCUAUUUUUGCUGUAUCCGAUUUCCGAAAUGAAAGCAAGCCACAUGUUAUUCCCAUAUUUGCCAAUUUAACAAUAUGCAGAUAUCGAGAUUUCCGAAACCCUCCUGGACACAAACAUCAAUAUGAACAUAAUAUUUAUUACUGGCAUGUUAUUGCAGCCAAAUUAGCAUUCAUCCUUGUGAUGGAGCAUGUCGUCUACUGUGUGAAGUUUGUCAUUUCAUAUACCAUUCCAGAUGUGUCAAGGAAAACUAAGAGCAAAAUUAAACGGGAGAAAUACCUAACACAAAUACUUCUUCAUGAAAAUCCUCUAAAAAUUAUUAAAAAAAAUAUGGGGAACAUAGCUGACAAAUUAUUAAAAGAAGCAGAUACUACUUUACAACCUAAAUGUGAAUAA